AUGGCGACAGGGACAAUUCUCAGGGGCCGUCGAGUGGUUGAGCAGCGCUCGCGUGACCAUCAUGCUCUCGACGGGAAUCAUUCGCCAGCAGUAGUCGUCUUCUUGUCGAGGCGAGAAGCGAGGGCGGCAAAGGGAUCCUCGUUGCUCGGCAGCAUGCACAUGCUCGCCGACGAAACUCGCAGGUGUCAAAUGCGCUGCGGCCAUUCAUCCGUUUCACCAGCAGCCAACGCCGUCUGUGCCUUGACCUUGACGCCGCCCCUCUCCCCUUCGUUCACGCGCCUUUGGUGGAAUCGUCACUUCGCCUGUCGGCUCGGCUCGAAACCACUGCCCAGGAGCACGGCGACUGCGGUGCGCACGCAAUCCGAGAUGGACGAAUACCCCGCAUGUCCGCCGUCAAACGCGCAAACGCACCGGUGGUACGCAGCCGUCAAGGAACUCUGGUACGAGUUGGAAGGUCGGCUGCGCGAUGAGGACAGGCAGCGUUGGUUCGACAUGGUCGGCAAGCUUCCAUGCAGCAAGACGACCGCCACGCCCUUUAAUCACUCCAUCGGACGCAAUGCCCGAAUGACGGGAAACUGGUUUUCCUGGCUCUUCCUCAGGGCCAUGUUCGGUCAUGAGCGAAUUCGAUCGUGCAAAACGGCAGCCGCCGUCGCCCAAGCGAACCCGGGUACAGAUCUCGAGUUCGACGUCUUGCCAAAAGGAUACUUUGCCGAAUUCAUGGAUAGCUCAAACAUGUCCGUGUUUGCCACCUUGGAUGCACAUCCCGAAGCUGAUGGUUGCCUCGAUAGAGAAUCGUCGUGGACGUGCGACGAAGACGUGACAUCCGAUGCCGAGGGGACACUUGCCGAUGCCGACGGCGCCAUCAGAUGCAAGCGCACGGCCGAGCAUGGAACCGGCCGCGGGAGGGUGGCAAUCAAGAAAGCCAGAAUACACGGCCAAGAGAGGAUGUACGACGAGCUCCGGAGCAUAAAGGCGAAGAUUGCCAAGAUGGAAUCGGUCCACCGGCAGCUGGAUAAGCGGAUGGAGGAGCUUCUCGCCCAGCAGACGCGGCUCUGGGACCUCAUGAGAACGCAGUUUGAUGCCUAUCUCGACGAGAUCAAGUCCAGAUGA